CGGGUCCGAGGCCUGGUGGCUGGCGCGGACUGGCGUGAGCGGCGGCUCCUUUAAGCCCCCGGGCCCGCCCCCCGGCCCUCGGCGUGGCCGGAGUCUGGCCGCGGAGGGCUCGGGUCCGCGCGGGGGACCGCGAUGGAGCUGCACAUCCUGGAGCACCGCGUGCGGGUGCUGAGCCUCGCCCGCUCCGGCCUCUGGCUCUACACCCACCCGCUCAUCAAGCUGCUCUUCCUGCCCCGCCGGAGCCGGUGCAAGUUCUUCAGCCUCACGGAGACGCCGGAGGACUACACGCUCAUGGUGGACGAGGAGGGCUUCAAAGAGCUGCCCGCCUCGGAGUUCCUGCAGGUGGCCGAGGCCACGUGGCUGGUGCUGAACGUGUCGUCCCCCAGCGGCGCCGCCGUGCAGGCCGCCGGCGUCACCAAGAUCGCCCGCUCCGUCAUCGCCCCGCUGGCCCAGCACCACGUGUCCGUGCUGAUGCUGUCCACCUACCAGACGGACUUCAUCCUGGUGCGGGAGCAGGACCUGUCCGUGGUGAUCCACACGCUGGCACAGGAGUUCGACAUCUACCGCGAGGUGGGCGGCGAGCCGGUGCCCGUGGCCAGGGACGAUGCCAGCAACGGCUUCCCGCGGGCUCAGCACGCAGGGCCCAACCCCACGGUGCAUCCUGUCCAGAGCCCGCAGAACCGCUUCUGUGUCCUCACGCUGGACCCCGAGACACUGCCGGCCAUCGCCACCACCCUCAUCGACGUCCUCUUCUACUCACACAGCGCCCCCAAGGAGGCAGCCCCUGGCGAUCCCGGGCCCUGCUCCAUCACGUUCUUCGCCUUCUCCCUCAUCGAGGGCUACAUCUCCAUCGUCAUGGACGCAGAGACGCAGAAAAAGUUCCCCAGUGACCUGCUGCUGACCAGCUCCUCGGGGGAGCUGUGGAGGAUGGUGCGCAUCGGGGGGCAGCCGCUGGGCUUCGAUGAGUGCGGGAUCGUGGCCCAGAUCGCGGGCCCCCUGGCCGAGGCCGACAUCUCCGCCUACUACAUCAGCACCUUCAACUUCGACCACGCGCUGGUGCCCGAGGACGGCAUCGGCAGCGUCAUCGGCCUCCUCCAGCGGCGGCAGGAGGGCCUGGGCUCCUGAGGCCCAGGGCGGGACCGCGGCCUCCCGCUCGCCCCCCCGGCCCCCAGGGACUCCCCUAAGCUGUGCCCCCAGCCCUGGGGUGAGCCCGCUCCCUCUCCCGCCCCCUCACGCAGGGGCCCUCCCCUCUCCGUAUAAGCUGCGUGCAGGCGCCGGCCCCCGCCCACACGGAACGCGGUGCUCU